AUGCGCCUCCUGCUGCUGGCCGUGCUGCUGUGCUUCUCGGUGGCGCGGGGGGGCUGCGAGCCCAAGGUGGUGAACAUCGGGGCGGUGCUGAGCACCAAGAGGCACGAGCAGGUCUUCCGCGAGGCCAUCAACCAGGCCAACAAGCGCCAUGGCACCUGGAAGAUCCAGCUCAACGCCACCUCCGUCACCCACAAGCCCAACGCCAUCCAGAUGGCCCUCUCCGUCUGCGAGGACCUCAUCUCCAGCCAGGUAGCCGCACCGCGCCGCCCAAGAACCCCCUAGGGACUCCUCCUCGACGUGAUGGGCCAAGCUCUUGACCUGGUGGACUGGUUGGCCCCAGAAAGGACCACCCAGGGGCCCCUGGAUCCUGUGGACUGUGGCUUGGGGCACCAACCUAGGAACCUGCAGGCCACAGAGAUCAACCUAGGGACCCUACCGCCCUAAGGACUGGCCUAGGGACCCCAUGGUUCUACUCAGGACUGGCCAAGGACCUCUUGUCCCUAUGGUCCAGACUGUGGGCUUGGGGCACCAACCUAGGGAGCCCUUGGCUUUAGAAACCAACCUAGGGAACCUUCAGCCCUAAGAGACGACCAGAGGCCCCUUGGCCCUACUAUUGAGCACCCAGGGAUCCAUUGACCUAUGGAUCAGGCUUGGGGGGCCAGCCCAGGGAGCCCUUGGCUUUAGAAACCAACCUAGGGAACCUUCAGCUCUAAGGACUGGCCUAGGGACUUCUUGACCCUACUAAGGGCCAGCCAACAACUCCUUGACCCUAUGAACCAGCCUCUUGGCUUGGGGCACCAGCCCAGGGACAACCCCUCUUUCUUUCUUUCUUUCUUUCUUUCUUUCUUCCUUCCUUCCUUCCUUCCUUCCUUCCUUCCUUUCUUUCUUUCUUUCUUUCUUUCUUUCUUUCUCUCGCUCCCCCUCUCUUUAUUUUUUCUCCUUCUCUGCCACCUCCCUCCCUCUCUCUAUUUAUUUCUCUCCCCCCUUUCCCUCUUUAUUUCUCUCCUUACCUCUCUCCCCUAUCUUUUUCUCCCUUUUUUCUCUUCCUCCCUCGCUCCCCCUCUUUUCCUCUCUUUGUUUUUUCUCCUUCUCUCCAUGUCUCUCCCUCCCACUUUCUUUCUCUUUCUCUCUCUCUCUGGGCUGGUGGACUGGUUGGCCACAGAAAGGACCACCCAGGGACCCCUGGAUCCUGUGGACUGUGGGCUUGGGGCACCAGCAUAGGACACUCUUGGCCCUAGAGACCACCCUAGGGACCCCCUUCCAGUCCUCAAGAAUUAGCCUAGGGGCUCCUUGACCUCAUGGACUGGUUGGCCCUAGAAAGGAACACCCAGGGACCCCGGGAUCCUUUGAACCAGAGUGUGGGUUUGGGCACCAACCUAGGGAUCUGCGGGCCGCUGAGACUGACCUUGGGACCCUACCACCCUAAGGACCGGCCUAGGGAUUUCUUGACCCUUCUAAGGGCCAGCCAACAACCCCUUGACCCUAUGGACCAAGCCUUUUGGCUUGGGGCACCAGCCCAGGGAUACCCCUCUCUCUCUCUCUCUCUCUCUUUCUUUCUUUCUUUCUCUCUCUCUCUCUCUCUCUCUCUCUCUCUCUCUCUCUCUUUUUCCUUCUCUCCCUCCCUCUCUCUCUCCCUUUUUCUUUUUCUUUCUCUCCCUCUCUUUCUCUCUUUAUUUCUCUCCCCUCUCUCCCCUAUCUUUCUCUCCCUUUUUCCUCUUCCUCCCUUGCUCCCCCUCUCUUCCUCUCUUUAUUUUUUCUCCUUCUCUCCAUGUCUCUCCCUCCCACUUUCUCUCUCUCUCUCUCUCUCUCUCUCUCUCUCUCUCUAUUUCUCUCCCUACCUCUCCCCCCUUUCUCUCCCCUUUUUUCCUCUUCCUCCCUCUCUCCCCCUCUUUCUCUCUUUAUUUUUUCUCCUUCUAUCCCGCUUUCUUUUUCUUUCUCUCCCUCUCUUUCUCUCCCUCUCUUUCCCUCUUUAUUUCUCUCCCCACCUCUCUCCCCUCUCUCUUUCUCUCCCUCCCUCCCUCCCUCUCCCCUCUCUUUUUCUCCUUCUCUCUCCCCCUCUCUCCCUCCCUCCUUCCCUCUUACACACCCACAUAUUCGGACCUUAAAAAUACCCCAACACAGCCCAUUUCCCAAGGAACAAACCGGGUCCCCAAGUUAUCAAAUGGUGCUAUUUUGACCCCAUUUAUGUCUCAUUUGGUAUCUCCUUCGAAGCCACCCAAAUUGCAGACCUGAUCGACAUUUACAGACUUCCUUCUUUCCCCAAACGGAGCAGAAAAGGCCAUUUAUAGGAGAAGCCAGCAAAGGGAGGAGGAAGUUUCCAUGGAAACGCCAUCUCAGUUGCUUCCAUAGGGUUGGUUCCUUCCAUCGAUUGCUCUUCGCCUCCUUCUUGCCAGACCAUUUCAUCAUAAAUAGUCCCUGAAGGGGAAAUGGCAUUUAGGCCUUAAAUGUGCGGUUAAGGAAAUCAUAUUAUCUUGCAAUCUGGCUCGGCCGACUUCUCUCUCUGCCUGUCAAAGCCUGGGCAUUCGAGGACGUCCAUAAUUUAAUGGGAGAAACGUCGGAGGGGAAUGGCUUCUUGUUGUUAUUGUUGAGUCGUUUAGUCAUGUCCGAUUCUUCGUGACCCCAUGGACCAGAGCACGCCAGGCCCUCCUGUCUUCCACUGCUUCCCACAGUUUGAUCAAACUCAUGUUGAUCACUUUGAAAACACUGUCCCACCAUCUCAUCCUCUGUCUCCUUGCGCCCUCCUCCUUGCGCCCUCCAUCUUUCCCAACAUCAGGGUCUUUUCCAGGGACUCUUCUCUUCUCAGGAGGUGGCCAAAGUCUUGAGGCCUCAGCAUCAGGAUCUGUCCUUCCAGUGAGCACUCAGGGCUGAUUUCCUUCAGAAUAGGUCUGUUGGAUCUUCUUGCAGUCCAUGGGACUCUCAAGAGUCUCCUCCAGCACCAAAAAAGCAUCUAUUCUUCGGUGAUCAGCCUUCUUGAUGGUCCAGCUCUCACUUCCAUACAUCACUAGUGGGAAAACCAUAGCUUGAAGUAUAUGGAUCUUUGUUGCCAAGGUGAUAGGACAUCCAUAAUUUAAUGGGAGAAACAUCGGAGGGGAGAGUAGGAUGUCCAUAUUUUCAUGGGAGAAACAUCGGAGGGGAAUGUUAGGACGUCCGUAAUUCCAUCGGGAAAACGUCUCUCCCACAGGUCUACGCCAUCUUGGUGAGUCACCCGCCGGCUCCCAACGACCACCUCACGCCGACACCGGUGUCAUACACUGCUGGCUUCUACCGGAUCCCGGUCAUCGGCUUGACCACGCGCAUGUCCAUUUACUCAGACAAGGUAAGCCCACAGCUCCCGCUGGUCGGGACCCGCCAUUCUCCUGGACAUCUGGUGAGAGAAGGCCUUGACUUCUCCUCUGCCCGGUUCCCCGCCACUUCGCUUCUUGCUUGGAGGGAGCCGCCAGGAGACCCUCGGAGAUGGACCCCGGUGAGUCCAGAAUGGCUGGUCCAUUAGAGGCAUGGUAACUCCAUAUCAGACCAUGUCUGGUGCCCCAUGCUCCUCAGAAACAGCCAUUCAUUCUUCUCAGGAGUCGGCGUCUGUCUGUCUUCCAAGCUCCUCCAGACCCACACCACCUUCACUGGUUGAAAGGACACUGGGUAUCUUUCCUAUACUGGUGAGCGCCCAGCCCAAACCUUCUGGUGGAAAGGUAGAGCUUUGUAUCUUCCCCAUACUGGUGGAUACCCAGCUCAAACCUUCUGGAGAUCUUUCCCAUUGGCUUCCUAAAGAGGCCCUUCCACUGCGCAGGAGGGCCAUUGUCCACAAUGGUUCCCAGGUCCCCUUCCAAGGUAGCCCCAUGGAGAAAGCAGGGCAGUAGACCAAGCAGAUGGCCAGGUCUUGGAUGGAGCUGAUACUAGAGAUGUUCUUCCACCCCAGGGGAGGGAUGUUCCUCAAUCUCAUCUCCAACUCACCUUCCCAUGGAGACAGCAGGAGAUGAGCAGAGGAUGGAUCUCUCUGGAGAGGCAGGUGGGGUCUCAAGAUGGAAGACCUCAAGAGGCUCUUUCCACCCCAUAGGAGGGAUGUUGCCCCAACUCCUUUCUAGGUCCCCUUCCAAGGUAGCCCCAUGGAGAACGCAGUAGCUGAGCAGAGCAUGGACCUCUCUGCAGAGGCAGGUGGGGUCUCAAGAUGGAACUUCUCCAGAGGCUCCUUCCACCCUGUAGGAGGGACGGCGCUUCAACCCGGACGCCCCCGCCUGGUCCGCAGUGACGCCCCCUCUGGCUCCUUCUCUCCCCAGAGCAUCCACCUUUCGUUCCUCCGCACGGUCCCUCCUUACUCUCACCAGUCCAAUGUCUGGUUUGAGAUGAUGCGCUUCUACAAAUGGAACCACAUCAUCCUCAUCGUCAGCGACGACCACGAGGGCCGGGCGGCCCAGAAGAAGCUGGAGACCCUCCUGGAGGAGAAAGAGUCCAAGGUCAGUAGCUUCCCGCCACCCACGCUUCUCUCGAAAGUCUCGCGCUUUGUCGUCCGUGUGUAGAUUGACAUCUGUAAAUACACCUUCUCUCUCUUCUUCCCAUUGUUAAACAUGACCCACAUUGUGCUCUUAAGCGCCGGCCGUCUAAGUCCCUGACCAAAGUUUGUUACUCUUUAUUCAUUUCACUUGCUUUGCCAUGGUCGAAAAAACCCGAAAUCUCCGACUACGUAAAAAAAAAAAAAAAAAGAAAUCCGAAAGAGGCAAAAACGGGGAGACGGGGGCGGGACGUAACCUGGAGCUGGGCCAAAAACCCACUUCCUUAUUGGAAGAGAGUGUCUAGGAGGGUAGGCUUGGAUCAUGGACUUGGGAAGGACCUGGAAGGGUUGUCUGGUUCAACCAAGGCAGGAACCUCAAGAUGGAAUCAUAGAGUUGGGAAGGAGCCCCAAGAGAGACUUGUGAGGCAGGGAUAAGCAGCUCUCCUUACCUGCUUCCUUCCUCUUCUCCAAAGAAGCUCAUGGUCAACGCAACAAUCUGAUCAGUCUUAAUGGUCAUAAUUUUGUCAUCUAUACCCCCACCCAUCAGACUGGGUUGCCCCAGACGCUCCAACCUCUAGAAUAACACCAUAAAAGGUCCAAUCAUCCACAACUUCCCCCAAUCCGAGCUUCUUCUGAAGAUCCAAUUCCUUCUCUCCUGGGUUGGGGGCCCGCGUGGCUCCAUCCUCUCUGACAUUUCUACGGCGGAAAUGGCGGAGCGGGGCUUUGAAGCUGAGCCUCCUUGGCGCAUGGUGUGAGCGGUGGCCCCACGUCGGCCAAGUCGACAUAUAUGGGUAGCCUUCCUAGAUCAGACCAAAGGCAGGACAUCCAGUCCAUGGUCCUCUUCUCAGUGGCCGUCGAGAAUCCUGCAGGGAGGAAGGAGCUGAGGGUGGCGGCCUUGCCCCCGCUUUUCACUCCAAGCGGCCAGCAUUCAGAGGUCUACCAACAUUUGGGAAGAGGGACAACCCACCAUCCCCUCCAACAUUUCUCCCAUGAAAAUGUCCAGCUGCCCUCAGAAACUCGCAAGGUACCUUCACCGAUUUAAAGGAGAGGAAGAACUUGCAUGAACCCCCAAGGAAACUUCCUAGGAAACCCCCAUAGGAGAUCUUGUAGGAAACGUCUUAGAAAACUUUGUAGGAAAUUUAAUAGGAAAACCCCAUAGGAAACCUGGUCAGGAACCCCCAUCAGAAACAUUUUAAGAAGCCCCUCUAGUAACCCCCAGAGGAAUCCUUCUAGGAAACUUUUUAGUAACUUUAUAGGAAACCUUGCGGGAAAGUUUGUAGGAAAUUUAAUAGGAAACCUUGAAGGAAACUUAAUAGAAAACUUAGUAAGAAACUUUGCAGGAAACUUAAUAGGAAACCUUGUAGGAAACUUUGCAGGAAAAUUUGUAGGAAAUUUAAUAGGAAACCUUGUAGGAAACUGAAUAGGAAAGCUUGUAGGGGGUUUUCCCUGCUCCUCUGUUACGGCCCCCCCGCCCUGGAUCAGGAGGAGUUGGAUAUGGGAUUUGCUUUGAGUGCCCGUCUUUCUUCUUUCAACUGUUUAUAAUCUUCUUCUGUGUCUGCAUAUUUUCUCUGUGCACAUUAUCCAUCAGAGUAAAAAAAGGAGCUUUGACAGCCUCGAACCGCUAUCCUUUGACAUCAAGCGAGGACCCAAGGUAUAUUUGCAUGGAAAUGCACGCCGCCCACCAACCUAACGAGCAAAAAAAUUAAAAUUAAAAAAUUCAUAAAAUUCAUCAAUCGGGCCGCCUCGGCCCACGGGCACCCCACAAAAAUUAGAAUAAAUUUUAGAUAUAUAUAGAUAUAUAUAUAUAUAUAUAUUAAAGGGAAAAAAUAUAAAAUAUCUCUGGAGCCAGCAAGCAGACUCCAUGGUUUUUUUUUUGGGUCGCACGUUCUUUUCCGUUGAGAUAUGCUUGGUUUGAGCUUGAGUUUGAGGAGCAAUCCCAUCCUGGACGUCUUUCUUCGGAAGACCAUGCAUGUGGAGCCAGAGCGAAUUUGCGAGUUUAUUCCCCACCCCCUUGUUUCCUCCUGGACCAUCUGAUUCCCCCUUCCUGCUCUACUCUUCCUGCUCUGCCCCUUCCUGUCCCAACAGGAAAUGCGAGAUGCUCACUUCAAUUCCCUUGCAAGGCGGACCCCUUGCGUGUUUUUCCCCUCCCCCUUCCUCCCCUUUUCCUGUUUUUUUUUAUUAUUAUUAUUUUGUUUUUUGGAAGAGCAACAGGCGUUUGAGCAGUCAACUGCAUCGCAAAACCAGCCAGACAACCAAUAUAUGGAUAUUCGCAGUUGCCGCCUGAGGGGCUCCCUCGCCGUCGCAAAGACGGCGACGACAGAGCGAAAAAGGCAGGUCGGCAAUUCCCGAGACGUCGGGAAUUCUGCAGAAUUUGCAAAAAAAAAAAAAAAAAAAGGAAAUUUUGCAAGAUUUUUUUUUUUUUUUGCACAAAACAAAUAGCAAGAAAUCAAUUUGCCACGGUGGAUGGAAUCACUUUGGCGGCCGCUGUGUAUCUCUAUAUAUGCCUUUUUUUCCUCUUUCCUGUACCAAUGCACGACCUUCUUUUGGGGCUGGAGUGACUUCUGUUUGCAUGCCCAGUGCAACAACAAAGAAAAAUGAUUCUUUUUUAAAAAUAGAAAAUAAAAUAAAAAAUUAGAUUUUUAAUUUUUUAAGGGGGGUGGGGAGGAAAUUAACCCCGGCAGGAGAAAAGAAAAGAAAGAAAGAAUGAAUGGGGGGGAGAAAAAAAAACCAAGGAAAAGAAAUGAGGAACAACUGAGUCCUUUCCAGGUAGACCUUGGAAAGAGAGAAGGAGGUAUCUUUCUGAGGAAAGCAUGGCUCUCGCAUGGGGGAUCGGGGCCCAGCCGACUGACCCCAUUUGCUCGCGCCAACCUUGCAGGCCGAGAAGGUCCUUCAGUUUGAGCCGGGCACCAAGAACGUGACGUCUCUCCUCCUGGAAGCCAAGGAACUGGAGGCCAGGGUGAUCAUCUUGUCUGCCAGGUGAGGGCCGGCCGGUGGGGCGGGGUUGGGGUCAGGUGAGUGGAGGCGACCCCCAUUUUUCCCCCGUUCAAACUUCUCCGACGUUUCCCUUUGAGGUUUCUCCCAUGAAAACAGGGACCUCUGAUUCCAUCCCUUCCAGAAUUUAUCCCAUGAAAAUAGGGACUUCUACCAUCCCCUCUGAUGUUCCUACCAUGAAGAUAUGGACGUCCGACCAUCCCCUCUGACGUUUCUCCCAUGAAACUAUGGACCUCCUAUUCCAUUCUUUCUAGAUUUCAUCCCAUGAAAAUAUAGACUUCUACCAUCCCCUCUGAUGUUCCUACCAUGAAAAUAGGGACCUCCUAUUCCAUCCCAUCCAGAAUUUAUAUCAUGAAAAUAGGGUCAUCCUGCUAUCCCCUCCGAUGUUUCUCCCAUGAUAUUAUGAGAGUUCUACCAUGAUGUUCCUACCAUGAAGAUAUGGACGUCCCACCAUCCCCUCUGACGUUUCUCCCAUGAAAAUAUGGACCUCCUAUUCCAUUCUUUCUAGAUUUCAUCCCAUGAAAAUAUAGACUUCUACCAUCCCCUCUAAUGUUUCUCCCAUGAAAAUAGGGACCUUCUAUUUCAUCCUUUCCAGAAUUCAUCCCAUGAAAAUAUGGACUUCCACCAUUGCCUCUGACAUUUAUCCCAUGAAAAUAGGGAUGUCCUAUUCCAUUCCUUCCAGAAUUCAUCCCACGAAAAUAGGGACAUCCUAGCAUCCCCUGCGACGUUUCUCCCAUGAAAUUAUGGAUGUCCUACCACCCACCUACCACCCACAAUUUAUCCCAUUAAAAUGCUGACGUCCUACCAUCCCCUCUGAUAUUUCUCCCAAGGAAAUAGGGACCUCCUAUUCCAUCCCCUCCGCCGUUUCUCCCACCAAAAUACGAACGUCCUACCAUCCCAACAGCCUUCUUCUCUUUCUCCAGUGAGGACGACGCCACCACUGUCUACACGGCCGCAGCCAAAGAAAACAUGACAGGUCCCGGCUACGUCUGGCUGGUGGGGGAACGGGAGAUCUCCGGCAAUGCCCUACGCAAUGCGCCAGAAGGUAACCUGGGACCCCUCCCCAUGGUCCAGCUGCCCCAUGGUUGAUCGCCCAGCGGUGCUCUCCUUCCCUUCUCUAAAUCCAUUCGGAGGUCUCCGCCCCGCAGCGAGUUCACUCUGGGGUCCCAGCCAACCCAGUCAUCUGUCUCCACCCCCCACCCCACCCCCGUCCCAGGUCUCAUCGGUCUACAACUCAUGAACGGCAAGAACGAGUCGGCUCACAUCCGGGACGCGGUGGCCAUGGUGGCCCAGGCAGUCCACAACUUGUUUGAGAAGGAGAACAUCACCGACCCACCCAGGGGGUGCGUGGGGAACACCAACAUCUGGAAGACGGGGCCACUCUUCAAGAGGUAAGAGCGUCCUGGGCACCUCGGACCUGGGUUCUUUGUGUUUUGUUUUUUUUAAAUAAUAUUUAUUAAAGUUUCAAAGGGGAAAAAAAAUCACAUUAAUAAAAAAAAUUAACAAUGGAAAGGAAAAAUACAAAGUAGAAAAAAAGAAAAAACAGUUAAAAACAAUUCCAUCUUUUCCUCACUUCUUUUACGUUUACUUGUUUCCCGGACCUCCUCAUACCUCCCUCUUUUGUAUUCCAAUUAAAUUUGUUAAUCCAACAAUUCCUUUCCCUCCUUUUUAAUCCAUCCUAAUCUUUAAUCUUGAUAUAUUAUAACUUUAAAUUUUUACAUAGUAAAAACCAAUUUUUCCAUAUUCUUUUGUACCUGUACAGCUAGAAACCACUUAACUUCAAUCCAACAUCAUUCUAACAUUCAUUAAUUUUGCAAUAUUUCUGUAAAUAGUCUUUAAAUUUCUUCCAAUCUUCUUCCACCGACUCUUCUCCCUGGUCACGGAUUCUGCCAGUCAUUUCCGCCAAUUCCAUGUAGUCCAUCAUUUUCAUCUGCCAUUCCUCCAGUGUGGGUAGAUCUUGUGUCUUCCAAUGCUUUGCAAUGAGUAUUCUUGCUGCUGUUGUAGCAUACAUAAAGAAAGUUCUGUCCUUUUUAACACCGAUUGGCCGACUAUGCCCAGGAGAAAGGCCUCUGGUUUCUUCAAGAAGGUAUAUUUAAAUACCUUUUUAGUUCAUUAUAUAUCAUCUCCCAGAAAGCCUUAAUCUUUGGGCACGUCCACCAAAGGUGAAAAAUGUACCUUCAGUUUCUUUACAUUUCCAACAUUUAUUAUCAGGCAAAUGGUAGAUUUUUGCAAGCUUGACUGGGGUUAUGUACCACCUGUAUAUCAUUUUCAUAAUAUUUUCUCUUAAGGCAUUACAUGCCGUAAAUUUCAUACCUGUGGUCCACAACUGUUCCCAGUCAGCAAACAUAAUAUUAUGUCCAAUAUCUUGUGCCCAUUUAAUCAUAGCAGAUUUCACCGUUUCAUCCUGAGUAUUCCAUUUCAACAGCAAGUUAUACAUCUUUGGCAAAAUUUUAGUUUUGGGUUCUAACAAUUCUGUUUCUAAUUUUGAUUUUUCCACCUGGAAGCCAAUUUUUUUGUCCAAAUUGUAUGCCUCCAUUAUCUGAUAAUAAUGAAGCCAGUCUCGCACUUUGUUUUUUAGUUUGUCAAAACUCUGCAAUUUCAAUCUAUCUCCAUCUUGUUCCAAAAUUUCCCAAUAUUUCGGCCAUUUGACCUCCAUAUUGAGCUUUUUCAAGGCUUUCGCUUCCAUCGGUGACAGCCACCUUGGGGUUUUAUUUUCCAAUAAAUCCUUAUAUCUAGACCUGGGUUCUUUAUGGAGGGGGUGGUGGGGCAUCUGUAAUUUCAUGGGAGAAACGUCAGAGGGGAUGGUAGGAUGUCCGUAUUUUCAUGGGAUAAAUGUUGGAGAUGAUGGUACGAUGUCCAUAAUUUGGUGGCAUAAAUGUCAGAAGGGGUGGUAGGGAGUCCAUAAUUUUGUGGGAGAAACGUCAGAAGGGGUGAUAGGACGUCUGUAAUCUCAUGGGAGAAAUGUCAGAGGGGAUGGUAGGAAGUCCAUAAUUUCGUGGGAGACAUUUCCAUCCCUCCGCAUCCCGAUCAACCCGCCUUCUCCCCAGGGUACUGAUGCAGACGAAGUACGCCGAGGGUGUGACGGGCCGGGUGGAGUUCAACGAGGACGGGGACCGCAAGUACGCCAAUUACAGUGUCAUGAACCUGCAGAACAACAAGUUGGUGCAGGUCGGCGUCUACAACGGCAGCCACGUAAGUAUCCCUGGAUGGGAGGGCCCUGCCUGGCCUGGGGGUCAGACUGGCUGACCUUCGUGGGUCCCAUUCUGACUCUAUGGUCAUUUAUCAGGGAAGGCUGGUAGAGAAGGUCUGGUCCCAACCUUUCUCUCUUCACCUCCGCAGUUCCUGCCCAACGACCGCAAGAUCAUCUGGCCGGGAGGAGAAACCGAGACGCCCCAGGGCUACGAGAUGUCUACCAAGCUCAAGGUAUCACCUCUGCUCCACCUCCCUCCCUCCCUAAUGUCAGCCUGGUGAGGAACAGUUGAAGGAGCUGGGGAAGAGGAGAGCAAGAGAUAUGAGAGCCAUCUUCAAACAUCUCAAGAUGUUUGAGGGUCUAGAAGCUGAGUCUUAGAGGAAAGGUUGAAGGAGAUGGCUCUCUUUAGCCCAGAAAAGAGGAGGCUGAGAGGAGAUGAUAGGGCCAUCUUCAAACAUCAAGAUGUUUGAGGGUCUAGAAGCUGAGCCUUAGGAGGAACGGUUAGGAACUUCGGAGGAGAUGGAGAAGAGGAGACCAAGGAGAUAUGGGAACCACCUUCAAACAUCUUAAGAUGGUUGAGGGUCUAGAAGCUCAACCUUAGCAGAAACGUUUGAAGGGGAUGGCUCUCUUUAGCUCAGAAAAGAGGAGGCUGAGAAGAGAUGUUAGGCCAUCUUCAAACAUCUCAAGAUGACGGAGGGUCCCUUGGGAGGAACAGUUGAAGGAAAUGGCUCUCUUUAGAGCCAAACAUCUCAAGAUGAUUGAGGGUCCAGAAGCCGAGCCUUCGGAGGAACUGCCAAAGGAGAUAGGAACACUCAGUCUGAGGAUGAGGAGAUAUGAGAGCCGUCUUCAAAUAUCUCGAGGGCUUUCGCCUGGAAGAAAGAACAAGUCCUCCCGCUCCAGAGGGUAGGACUUGAACCCAUGGCUUCCAGCUCCAAGAAAGGAGAGCCCGGCCUGACGUCCAGGAGAAAUUUGUGGGACGCAAGCAAGCCGGCUCUCCUUCCUUGGAGUCCCGGGUGCUUGAGUGAAGAUCGUUGCACUUGGGGGGGGUUGGUCUAGAUGACCAUGGAGCCCCUUCCAUCUCAACCACUUCUGAAUUCCAUGUUGGCAUCCCUGCGUCCAACUCUCCCCUUCCAGGAGAGGGGUUGAGAAGCCGAUUUGGCUGGGAAGAGGACGGUGAUCCAUCUUCUCACUUUUGGGGGGGCUGUUUCCCCUCCCCCCCCCAGAUUGUCACCAUUCACCAGGAGCCGUUCGUCUACGUCAAGGAGACCCUGGCCGACGGCAAGUGCAAAGCCCUCACCAACAGCACCGGAGGCUUGGUGCAGCAGGUCCUCUGUACGGGGCCCAACAAGACCAUGCCAGGUACGUCUUGAACCCAAAGCAGGGGCAUCAGGUCAGAAUUUCCCCCGCCAAGCGUCUCCAUUGGGCGCCGGGCAUCUCUCCUUCUUGGGAGGGUCUGCACUGCAUGGUGGAGAUGAGAUCCUCUUAGUCUACAACAGGCCUCCUCCAGAUGUGGUUGGCCCACACCUCCCAUGAUCCUUAGCUAGCUGGACCGGUGGUCAGGAACAAUGGGGAGGUCCAUUCCCCAUUGAUCAAGCCUGAAGAACUGGAUCGCUUCCUGAUCAUAUAUGGAACGGAACCACCUGAAGGGCCGAGGUGGAGGAAGCCUGGUUCAGAUGAUCUCUUCCACAUACGACCAGGAAGGAAUCCAGCUCAGCAGGCCGGGAACAAAACGGAUCGACAGGGAACGGGUCAGAUCUCCACCAGGAAGCCAUCCACAUUGUCCUAAAGGGGCUGGGUCAAAUGGCAUCUCCUCGACGGACGGGCAUGGAGGUGGAGCGAUUGAGAAGGUCCUCUCCGUUGGGGACCUUCUGGAACGGGCCUCAAUGGUCCCCCUUUCUCCUGCCCCACCAGGCCGCCCCAGCGUGAUGCUCUGCUGCUAUGGCUUCUGCGUCGACCUCCUGAUCAAGCUGGCCAAGACCAUGAACUUCACUUACGAGGUCCACCUGGUGGGCGAUGGGAAGUUUGGCACACAGGAGCGGGUGAGUGGGCCUCGGGAAGGCCGGACGGGCCACCCUCCAACUUCUCAGAAGACCUCCAAGGGUCCAGCCCCUUGGCCGGGAACGGACAGACGCUGUCCCAUUGAGAAAGGGGAUCUGUGGGAAGUCGUUCCUGGAACGGUUUGCUGUCCCCAUUGGCUUUCCGCCCACACUGGGGUGACCUGAGGAACCUUCAGGAGAGGCCUGGAGGGUUGUCCAUUCAUGAACUUGCUUCCCAUAGCUUCUUCCUGCUAUCCCCUUUGACAUUUGUUCCGUGACAUUAUGGACGUCCUACCAUCCUUUCUGAUGUUUUUCCUAUGAAAUUAUGGACUUCCUACCAUCCCCUUUGACAUUCAUCCCAUGAAAAUACGGACGUCCUACCAUCAUCUCCCACAUUCAUCCCAUGAAAUUAUGGACGUUCUACCAUCACCUCCCACAUCCAUCCCAUGAAAUUACGGACGUUCUACCGUCAUCUCCCACAUUCAUCCCACGAAAAUGCCAUCAUCACCGACGCUCAUCCCAUGGAAAUACGGACCUCCUUGCCCUUCUCACCCUGGCUCUGUCUCACCACAGGUGAACAACAGCAACAAGAAGGAGUGGAACGGCAUGAUGGGGGAGCUCUUGAGCGGUCAGGCGGACAUGAUCGUGGCUCCUUUGACCAUCAACAACGAGCGGGCCCAGUACAUCGAGUUCUCCAAGCCCUUUAAGUACCAGGGACUCACCAUCCUGGUGAAGAAGGUGGGUAGACAUGGCCAACAACCACUAGGCAUCACUGUGCCCUCCAGAGGGCUUGGUCCACAGAGGUGGCCACGCUCUGCUUUGGUCAAGCCGUUCCCGUUGUCCAUCUCCUUCCCUUUGCAAAGUCCCAAUGGAAUUUCUUGUGAAUAUAAUACAAUAUAACAUAAUAUAAUCAGCAUCCAUUAAAAUCCACCCAUAUAUGACAUCAAGGUCCAUCCUUGAAAGGCAUGGUGAGAAGAAGAGGAGAACCGUUCUCCUCAACCUUUGUGAGGAACCCUAAGCAACCCCUGCUGGGGUCUUCCCACAGCUACUGACGCCCACUUCCGGUUCUCCGUUGCAGGAAAUCCCCCGCAGCACCUUGGACUCGUUCAUGCAGCCGUUCCAGAGCACCCUGUGGCUCCUGGUGGGCCUCUCGGUCCACGUGGUGGCUGUGAUGCUCUAUCUCCUGGACCGUUUCAGGUAACUGCGGCCACCCCUUGGUCUUCCUGGUCUUCUCCACCACCUCCACCUCCUCCUUCUCCCUCUACCCCUUGGUCUUCCUGGUCUCCUCCUCCUCCUUCCUCCUCCUUUCUCCUUCCUUCUCCUCCUCCCCCUCCUCCUCCUCCCUCCUCCUCCUUUCUUCCUCCUCCUCCUCCUCCUCAUCCCUCUACCCCUCCUUCUACCCCUUGGUCUUCCUGGUCUCCUUCUCCCUCCUCCUCCUUCCUCCUUCAUUCUCCUCCUCCCUUCUCCUCCUUCCUUCCUCCUCCCCUCCCCCUCCUCCUCCUCCUCCCUCUAACUCUUCCUCUACCCCUUGGUCUUCCUGGUCUCCUCCUCCUCCUCCUUCCUCCUCCUCUUCUUCUGCCCCUUGGCCUUCCUAGUCUCCUCCUCCUCCCUCCUCCUCUAGCUCAUGGUCUUCCUGGUCUCCUCCUCCCUCCUCUACGCCUCUUUCCUCUACCCCUUGGUCUUCCUGGUCUCCUCCUCAUCCCAGAGGAGCAAGGAAAAGUUAUCCAGCUCUGCUUCCUCCCACCCAUGAAUGGGGGCAGGGACAAGGAACUGGACGGGCUGUUCCUCAAGACGUCACCAAAUUACGUACCCAUCAAUGAUGCAAAGGGACCUCUGUCCACUGACUUUGCAUCACUUAUUCCACCUGCGAAUGACAUGAGGGAAACCGAGGAGUCCUCGAAGUUCCGCCCUCUGCCCACCCCGGACUUCUGGAGUUCCUCACACCCGUGAGGUCCAGAAGCUUCUUUCCACGGGGUAUCUUCUAAGACCUGCUACUUGAUGGACGGCUGACCGCUGGCCCCGCUUGCUCUCUUGCAGCCCCUUCGGCCGCUUCAAAGUCAACAGCGAGGAAGAGGAAGAGGAUGCCCUGACCCUGUCAUCUGCCAUGUGGUUCUCCUGGGGAGUCUUGCUCAACUCUGGCAUCGGAGAAGGUGAGUCUCUCCAGUGGGAAUGAUCUGGAUGGGUCCGUCCGUAAGAGGCUGCAAAGCAAAGGCUGGUGCCACCGACCCCAUAUCUUCUCCGAUAUUUCUCCCAUGAAAAUAGGGAGGUCCCACCAUCCCCUUUGACAUGGAUGAAAAUAUGGACGUCCUACCAUCCCCUUUGACAUUGAUAUGGAGGUCCUACCAUCUCGUUUGACAUUGAUGAAAAUAUGGACGUCCUACCAUCUUCUCUGACCUCCGUCAUUUCUCCCACAAGAAUAGGGAUGUCCAACUCAGCUUCUUCCCCUCUGGGUUCUUCCCCAGUUAGAUGGACUUCUUGAGGGGUGGCACUAGAGAGCUUGGGUGAGGUCUAUCUCCCCAGGGUUUCGGUCCUUCAGAUGCAUGAGGAUCAUCCCGAGCUGCCCUAUCUCUUCCAGGUGCUCCCCGGAGCUUCUCCGCACGGAUCCUGGGGAUGGUGUGGGCUGGAUUCGCCAUGAUCAUCGUCGCCUCUUACACUGCCAACCUGGCAGCCUUCCUGGUGUUGGACAGACCCGAAGAACGGAUCACGGGCAUCAAUGAUCCCAGGGUAAGCAUGGAAGGAGAACACCAAGCCUCUGACAUGUCUCCUAUGAGAAUAUGGAUGUCCUACCAUCUUCUCUAACAUUUAUCCCAUGAGAAUAGGGACGUCCUACCAUCCCCUCUAGCAUUUCUCCCACGAAAUUAUGGACGUCCUGCCACCCCUUCUGACACUUCUCUGAUGUUCUCCACCAAAAUACGGACGUCCUACCUUCCCCUCUCCCAGCUGCGCAACCCGUCCGACAAAUUCAUCUACGCCACGGUCAAGCAGAGCUCGGUGGACAUCUACUUCCGCCGGCAGGUGGAGCUCAGCACCAUGUACCGCCACAUGGAGAAGCAUAACUACGAAAGUGCCGCCGAAGCCAUCCAGGCCGUCCGGGACAAGUGAGUUGGACUCCUUUGACUUUUCCUGGUGGGUGGGCUGGGAGGACAUGGGGGACCAAUGGGGAAAGAGGCGUUGGAUUAUGGGAUUCCAUUUUUAUUUUUAUUUUUUGGCCAGUUAAUUUCCAUAAAUUUCGACCAAUUAACAACCCACUGAUUUGAAGCCAACGCAAAGUCGAAGAAUUUUUGUGGGAAUUUGGGUGGGAUUUCUAAGAAAUUCUGCUGGGACUUCUAAGAAAUUUAGGUGAGAUUUAUAAGAAAUUUGGCUGGGAUUUCGAAGAAAUUCUGCUGGGAUUCCUAAGAAACUAUUUGGCUAGGAAUUCUAAGACAUUUGGCUGGGAUUUCUAAUAAAUUGUUUGGCUAGGAUUUAUUAGAAAUUGUUUGGGAUUUCUAAGAAAUUCUGCUGGGGUUUCUAAGAAAUUCUGCUGGGAUUUAUAAGAAAUUCUGCUGGGAUUUCCAAUAAAUUUGGCUGGGAUUUCUAAGAAAUUGUUUGACUGGGAUAUCUCAGAAAUGUUUGCUGGGUUUCUAAGAAAUUUUCCUGGGAUUUCAAAGAAAUGUCUACGUCUUCUAAACAAAAUGUUUUGCGGGAAUUUCUAAUAAAUCGUUUUGCAGAAAUAUAGAAGACAUUUUACUGGGAUUUCUAAGAAAAUGUUUGGCUGGGAUUUCUAAGAAAUUGUUUGGCUGGGAUUUCUAAUCAAUGGUUUUGCUGGGUUUCUUGUAAAUUUUGCAAUCUAAUUUAUUGUUUUGCUGGGAUUUCUAAUCAAUGGUUUGGCAGGAAUUUCUAAAGAAAGGUUUGGCGGGAUUUCUCAGAAAUACUUGGGCAGGAAUUUAUAAGAAAUGGUUUGGCAGGAAUUUCUCAGAAAUGGUUUGACGGGAAUUUCUAAGAAAAGGUUUUGUGGGAAUAUCUCAGGAAAGGUUUGGCGGGAAUUUCUCAGGAAAGGUUUGGCAGGAAUUUCUCAGGAACGAAUUUGCCGGGAUUUCUGAUCCUUUCCUUUCGGGACCGCUUCAUCCUGCGAAAAUCCUCCAUCGGAAGAGGGGGAGGGAAGGCUUCUGGAAUUUGCCGGGAGCGCUGAAGUCGACCCCCUUUUCCUGGUUACUGUUCCCACUUGUGUCUCCACCCAGCAAGCUCCACGCCUUCAUCUGGGACUCGGCUGUCCUGGAGUUCGAAGCCUCCCAGAAGUGCGACCUGGUGACCACUGGAGAACUCUUCUUCCGGUCUGGAUUUGGAAUCGGAAUGAGGAAGGACAGUCCCUGGAAGCAGAACGUCUCGCUGGCCAUCCUCAAGUCCGUACCCUCUCCCCCGCCCGCGGGAAUGAUCCAGGGAAGGGGGUUGGGGUUGGGUGGAGAACACCAGACCCUCCGAGCAUCCCGGAUCGAUCCUGGAACUUCCCUUUCCCACUUCGGAGGAGAAACACAAGAGGACCUCUUUUCAUGGGAGAAAGGUCCAGGCAUCCCCUCUGGGGGAAAUCGGGAAAAUAGGAUAUCCAGGGUUCGAACCAGAAAGCUGCCAGCCCCUCUAACGUUCCUCGCCCCCCAAAAUCGGGAUGUUCUGGGAUCGAACCCAGUAGCAUCAAAGAGGGAGUCCGGUUGGGCCUGACUUCCUCUGGGUCUGUCAAAGAUGGCCGAGGAGCCUUCUUCGUCCAAGUUGGUCUUUUGAAGGACUCCCUUGGCCUUUCCUGGGACUCCCUUGGGUCCCCGUAAGAGAUUUGAGGGUUGCGGGGUGUGGCUUCACCUGGCCUCCCGCCCCAUCCCCCCAAUCCAUAUUUUAUUCAAGAUGGCGGGACUCCCCGCUUCAGCUCUCUCCUCCCGUCCCACAGCCUCCACGAAAAUGGCUUCAUGGAAGAGCUGGACAAGACGUGGGUGAGGUACCAGGAGUGCGACUCAAGGAGUAAUGCCCCGGCCACCCUCACCUUUGAGAACAUGGCAGGUGGGUUCCUAGACCUCCCCGUUCCCCCUGGAGCUCCCUCCCCUCAGGGAUCAGAGAAGAAGGGGCACGAGGGACACCACCACCACCCCCGUGGGUCAUCCAGUCCAACCCAAGGCAAGGCACAAAAUGUCCAGUGCUUAGCCCGGUUCUUAAGAAUAAGACUAUUGAGAUGAUGGUGAUGGAUGAUGGGCCUUAGUUUGCCUACCCAUCAUCCAGUGCUUAGCCCAGCUCUUAUGAAUCAGAAUAUUGAGGUGGUGGUGGUGGUGGUGGUGGUGGUGAUGGAUGAUGCUGAUGGGUGCUUAGCCAGGCUCUUAAGAAUAAGAAUAUUGAGAUGAUGGUGGUGUUGGUGGAUGGAUGAUGGAUGAUGAUGGAUGAUGAUGAUGACGACGACUGCCAAACUUAGAUUCACAUUAUUAUUAUUAUUAUUAAUAUUAAUAUUAUUGUUAUUGUUAUUGUUACUAUUGCCAUUUCUAACUACUACUGCUACCACCCCCAUUUGCAAGUAUCGCUAUCCUUCUUCUUACAAUUGUCAUUUGUGAUUCCUAUUCUUAUUCCGGAUCCCCAUCGUUAUUACUAUCACGACAAUUGCCGCCAUGAUUACGAUUCUCACUCUGCUUCCUGGACGACCUUCGAUUGUGGUGGCGGCGUGUGUGCGCGCGCUUCUUUCGAACCCGGCUCUCUGACCCUUCUCCCUCCCACGUUUUGACCCCUACCAGGCGUCUUCAUGCUGGUGGCCGGUGGGAUUGUGGCCGGAAUCUUCCUGAUCUUCAUCGAAAUUGCCUACAAGAGGCACAAGGACGCCCGACGGAAGCAGAUGCAGUUGGCCUUUGCCGCCGUCAACGUCUGGAGGAAGAACCUACAGGUAGGAAGAGGCCAUUUUUGGGAGGAGAAGAGACCUCCGGCGGGGGGCAGGUAACCCACAAAACCGCCGGAAAAAACACCAAAACAAGUGGGACGUCUUUGAAUUUCCAUUUUUUAAUUUGGAGGUCCUUUUCCAUUUCCCAUUCCUUCACCCCAACAGUCACUACGGUGCCGAAGGGGAGUAGUAUUAGGGGGACGCCCUCUCCGUGGCUCCCACUUAUGGGGUGGGGGAACCCCAUAAGAGUCGCUCCUUCCAAGAGGGUGGAGGGUUGGUUUGGAUGACCCCUGGGGGACCCCACUGCCCCACUCAUCCUGGGAAGGCCUUUGAGGGGCCCCUACCCUCCUAAAUAGGGGGGCAAAUGCCCCAAUGGAAAUAGGGGCAUCCUAUUUGAUCCCCUAUAAUGAAAUAGGGGCGUCCUAUUCAAUCCCCUACAAUGGGAAUAGGGACAUCCUAUUAAAUCCCCUACAAUGGAAAUAGGGGCGUCCUAUUAAAUCCCCUAUAAUGAAAUAGGGGCAUCUCAUUCGAUCCCCAAUAAUGAAAUAGGGACGUUCUAUUCAAUCCCAUAUAAUGGGAAUACGGGCGUCCUAUUAAAUCCCCUACAAUGGAAAUAGGGGUGUCCUAUUCGAUCCCCUAUAAUGAAAUAGGGGUGUCCUAUUCAAUCCCCAUCAAUGGUAAUAGGGAUGUCCUAUUAAAUUCCCUACAAUGGGAAUAGGGUCGUCCUGUCAAUCGGGGUCUGUCCAUCCCUGUGUCCUGCCCCCUCCGCCACCCAAACGAGGCAGGCUCGAAUUUUGUAGGGCAUCCCAAGUGCAAUUGUCACUGCCAUUUUUCACUUGCCAACUUUCUAGAGAGGAGAAACGCUUCCCUGGGUUGACGGCGGGUCCGGUCUGGGGUUUGGGGUUUGGCCGAGAUGUGGGGGGGUCCAGGAUUUUUUGGGUGGGGGCCAUCCCACCCCACCCCACGGCCGACGAGGAAAGCCGACGUUCCGGAGAUCCGUUUGACAAUGUAAGACUUUUCCGCAGGAGGAACCCUCCGGCCACUAGUACAAUGCUAGAAGGUAGGCGAGCGGGAAGAUUUCUUUGUUCAAUAAAUACCAAUUUUAAAAAAUAAAAUAAAAUAAAAGUCAAAUAAAAAAUCAAAAUACGACCAAAAAAAUUAUAUAUAUAUAUAUAUAUAUAUAUAUAUAUAUAUAUAUACACACACACACACAUGCAUACAUACAUACAUAUACAUAUACAUAUUAUAUAUAUGUUUAUGUAUAUAUAUAUAUAUAUAAUUUAUAUAAGGCUAUAUAUAACAUGUGUGUGUGUGUUUGUGUCUAUUCAAUAAGAUCAGAAUAUGACCAAAAAUAUAUAAAAUAUUAUUUAUAUAUGUAUAUAAAUAAUAUAUAUAUAAUUUAUAUAUGCGUAUAUAAUAUAUAAUACAUAUAAGUAUAUAAUGCAUAUAAUAUAUAUAUAAUGUAUAUAUGUAUAUACGUAUAUGUAUGUGUAUGUAUGUGUAUGUGUGUGUAUAUAUAUAUAUAUACACACACACGCAUACGCACACACACACACACACGUUUCUUUUCAAAUUAUUAUUUGAAAUCAUGGGCGGGGUAGAAAUGUUAAAUUAUUACUAUUAUUAUUAUUUGGUUUUGGUCACUCUUCGGCCAUGGCGCAACGCCGUGGCAAGCCAUGCGCUGAUACCUCUGGAUCAAUAUAUGUAAAUAUAUAUAUAUAUUUAUAUGUGGGUAUCUCCCUAUCGAUAUAUAUUUAGAUAUAGAUCUUCAUCCAUUCCAUCCUACCAAUUGCUUUUUUCCUGUGCAUGCCCGGGGGGGCAGGGGGGAGAGGAAGAUCGGGAACGGAAGCAGGAAAUGGAUUCAAUUCCGGUCGGCCCCCCCAACCCGGAUGCGAAGGAGCCAGACCUGGUCUCUCCCCCCCCAAAAAAAUUACCUAAAUCCAAAGGGGGGGAUCAGAAACGGGGUUCCCCAAGGGGAGGAUACAGAGGGUUCAGAUUGGGGGGGCCCUCCCCCCCAAACCCCAAAUUCCACCGUAGCCCAACAGGUUGGGAUCAGAAACAGGGUUCCCCUCCCAAAAAUGGGGGCCUCCUUCCACCCCCCCAUAACCAGGUCUGGUUGCCUCCCACCCAACCUCCCCCCACGAUUCUCUCCCCUCCCCCCUCCUUGACGGCUUUCGUUCCCGCUCCGCCCCCAACCCUUCAGCUGCCCCCUCCCCAUUUAACCCCCCCUCGGAUUCCCGCCCGGGGUCCCUCCGGAAAGCAGCCCCCCAGCUUCCGGCCGCCGAUCUCGGGAGACCUAUAUACCCUCCUUGAUUUCCCAAUACUGGUUUUCGUUUCUUUCUUUAAUUCUGAUAUUUUACCCCCCCAUUCCCCCCCUUAACAUACAAUGACUUCCCUUCUCUUCUGAUGCAGUCUUCUCUCUAUCUCCCAGCCGUAGGACCUGCCUUGACCAAAGGCCCCGAUCCUAUUUAUUUAGGGGUAGGUGGAAAAAGUCUCUUGCCCCCCUCUCUAGAUGAUGGAAGAAAGGGGGCGACAGCGACCGGCAGGGACCGCCCCCCUCCCAGGCCACCAAUAGGGUGGGGGCCCCUCCUCUCCAAGCUCCUGAGAGGAGGCCCUUUGAGCUGCUGCAGGAACUCCAAGGUUGCUUGUAGCUCCGUCCCGCCCUGUUCCCCCCACCCCUUCCAGAAAAGGGUCCGCCCCACAUACAAGGUCCUCACGUACAGUUUCUGUCAGAUGUUCGUCCCAUGAAAUUAUGGACGUCCCAGCACCCCUUUUGACGUUCUUCCCACAAAAUUAUGGACGUCCUACCAUCACCUUUGACAUUCUUCCCAUGAAAUUAUGGAUGUCCUACCACCCCUUCUGACGUUCCUCCCAUAAAAUUAUGGACUUCCUACCAUCCCCUUUGACAUUCUUCCCAUGAAAUUAUGGAUGUCCUACCACCCCUUCUGACGUUCUUCCCAUGAAAUUAUAGACAUCCUUCCUUCCCCUCUGAGGUUCUUUCCAUGAAAUUAUGGACGUCCUACCAUCCCCUUUGACGUUCUUCCACCGAAAUUAUGGACGUCCUACCACCCCUUCUGAUGUUCUUCCCACAAAAUUAUGGACAUCCUACCAUCCCCUUUGACAUUCUUUCCAUGAAAUUAUGGACGUCCUACCACUCUUUCUGACGUUCCUCCCAUGAAAUUAUGGACGUCCUACCACCCUUUCUGGCGUUCCUCCCAUGAAAUUAUGGACAUCCUACCACCCCUUCUGACAUUCUUCCCACAAAAUUAUGGACGUCCUACCACCCUUUCUGACGUUCUUCCCAUGAAAUUAUGGACGUCCUACCACCCCUUCUGACGUUCCUCCCACGAAAUUUGGAUGUCCUACCAUCCUCUCUGACAUUCCCACAACCAAAUUAUGGACGUCCUACCAUGACAUUCCUCCCCGGAAAACAGGGUCUUCCUAUCACCCCUCCCACUGAUGCUUGGGGUCCUUCUGACCCAAACCACCCCAUUUGAGACCUCCAAAAUCGCCCUCUCAGCGGGGACCUGCCCCGUUUGCCCCAGGGAUGGGAUGGUUUUGAGGGCAACUGUACAUCCUCUCUGACAUUUCUCCGGGAGUUGGGGGAGAGGAGUGUCUGGUUCCUCCCCCUUCCAUGAAAAGAGGUACUUCCGAUUCCAUUCCAAGAGGGGCAUCCUCUCCCACCCCAUCCUGUGAAAUUAGGGUACAUCCGUGAAAAGGACAGCGGAUCCGCUCAGAGUCUGGGGUGGCUCCCAGGAUCGCCCCAGCCCAAGAUGGCCACUCGGAAGGUCAGCGCUCGGAGGGGCCCUCCGGAGCCCGGCCGCCCUGUAGGGCAGGAGGAGCACACCAGGCGAGCAAGGCAGCCCGUGAAAGCGAGGCACAGUGUAGACGCGGCGGCCGGUGGCGGCCGUCCGGAGAUCUAACCGCUUAUGUACAUGUUCGUUUUAGGAUAGACCAAGUGCUAGAGCAGAACCAGGCCCUAGAAUGAAAACCACUUUUAGGUCCAUCACAUCCACGCUGGCCAACAGCUUCAAGAGCCGUAGGUCCUGCAGAGACACGGUAAGAAGAAGACAACCGGUUGUGCCCUCCUUCUUUCUCUCUUUCUCCUGCCAUCCCAUCAACCGCCCCAUCUCACAGCUGCCAUGGCCCCGUUUCGUCCUCUGUAAGUCCGUCUCCACCGUCUGUCCCAAAGAUCGAGGGCUCCCUCUUCUCCCCGUAUGUGGUUUGAACCCAGAAUUUUCUCCCCCCCCCUCUUUUGAUUUCCAGUCCUUCCUGUCCUGGUCCCCGCCCGGAAAGCGGUCCGCCGUGCCGUCUUCCCCUCGUCCAUCCCCUGCCCUGCCAUCUCCACCGUCUCCCUCUGCCUGUGGUAACUGUACGGCUCUGCAAGCAGUGGCCAGCAGGAUUCCCUGCCACCGCCCUCUCCUGCCGCCACACUUCCUGUGGGAUUCAGGCAAGGUGCAUGGCCUCGCCUGGCACCAUGUCUCUCGUCACCUUCUGUACCUGUGUUUUUCUGUCCGUGGCUUCCUUGGAAAUGACGAGGCGGGGGAGGGGCCCUCCGUCAUCAGGCGGACGGCCAAGCUCCAAUGCUUAGCCCGCGCCAACGUUUCUCCCGUGGAAACAGGGGCAUCUGGCCAUCCUCUCUGACGUUGACCCGACAGAACCGGCAACCCAAGUCCCCCCGGGCCAGAUCAGGCCAUAGCUGUCAACUUUCCCCUUUUCUUGCGAGGAAUCCUAUUUGGAAUAAGGGAAUUUCCCUUUAAAAAAGGGAACCAUUGACAGCUAUGGAUCAGGCCCAUUUGGGUCCUCAGUCCGGGAAGCCGAAUCUGUAAAUCUCGGCGACACCGAUGGGACCAAGAGCCCGAGCAGCAGCGGCUUGCCUGCUCCAACGCCGCGCCUGGUUUGCCCCGGCGGCAUUUGAUCGGCAGGGAUGGCUCCGCCCUGCGCUGGGAUCCGGGCUCGCCAUGGGAUUGGUCGAGCUGCCGCCGCUCAGCCUCUUUGUCCCAUCCUUGUCGCCAAUAAUCUCGGGUUCUGGCUUCACUCAGCCUCUUCCUCCCACCGCUGCUCGGCCUCUUCCUCCCACCCCCGCCGCCCCUGCCGCCCUGGUGCCCCUAGGGUAAGGUUCCCAGACACCCCCGUUUUCUGGGGACCGUCCCCAGAUUUAGAAAUCCUACAAAAUCCAUGGAGAUUGAAAAGCAUCCCCGGAUUCAUGGGGGGAAAACUGGUCACCUUAUUCUACGGGCCAGAGAGCGAGCAAACAAGCUCACUCUGUCUACUCAUGAGAAGCAGUGGCGGCGGUGGUGGCAGCAGCCCCUGGGAAGCUGGGGCUGGGGGGUGGGGAGGAGGACAAUUUGACCCCCCUCGCCUCUUCUUCCAGCUCCACCCCCCGGUUCCGCUUCUCCAGCCCGCCAUAAGGUCUGCGUGACAGUGGACUGGCCGGCUGCUAGAAAAAAUUGCCAACCCCUGUCCUGUUCCAUACCUGCCGACAUUUCUCCCAUGAAAUACAGACGUCCUAUUCCAUAUGUGCCAACAUUUCUCCCAUGAAAAUAUGGACUUCCUACCAUCCCCUCUGACAUUUCCCCCAUGAAAAUAUGGACGUCCUAUUCCAUACCUGCCAACAUUUCUCCCAUGAAAAUAGGAAUGUCCUUAGGAAAAGCGGGAUCAACCCCGGAUCAAACCGGAAACCGCCAUGGCUUCUUCAGAUCUUGGGCUGUCCCUGCAAUAGGGACCCUGGGAUAUCUGUUAGGAUCCCUCAUCCCAAUCUGUUGAUAGGCUGGGAAUGAGGCCAAGGCAGGACAACCUGAACUUCCACAAUCUGCAGACUUUCUGCUGUUUUCCUAUGUGCAGGCAGUUCCCCAGUCAGAUGAGUGGGGUAUUAUUAUUAUUAAUUUAUGUUAUGGCUCUUUGGCAACAAUAAUUGUGGGGGUGGUGGUGAUAAUGAUGAUAAUAUAUAUAAAACAUUAUUGUUGUUAUUGUUAUUAUUAUUAUCACCAUUAUUAUUUAUAUUAUUAUUGUAAUUAUCAUCAUAAUCAUUAUUAUCAUCAGGUAGGCAGCCUGAUGAUAAUAGUAAUAAUAAUAAUAACCAUAAUCUUAUAUAUAUAUAUAUUUUAUUAUCGUCAUCAUUAUCAUUAUUAUCAUCAGGUAGGCAGCCGUGUUGGUCUGACACAGCAGAAAUAAAAGAAGACUAAGAAUACUUAUUAUUAUUAUUAUUAAUGGAAAUUAAUAUAUUUCACAAAGCUUCUCCCAUGAUUUCUCAAACUUAUUCCAAAGGGCGUUGGGCUACAAUUUCCUCUGAACAUCCUCCUGUAUCAAUGUGAAGAUUGCUGUCCCUCUCUCGGAUCAGCCCCAAAUAUUCCUCAUUGUUUCCACUCCGGAUUUCCUCUGAAAAUUCUCCUGUAUCAAUGCUAAGAUCACUGUCAUUUUCUUGGAGACCAGCCCUGAAUAUUCCUCACCGCUUCUCCUCCGAAUUUCCGCAUCAAAUCCUCCCAUAUCAGUGCCAAGAUCACCGUCACAGCCCCCCCAAAAACACACACACAUUAAAACACCCUUGAAUUUCAAGGAUGUUUAAAUGAGUAUUCAAGAUUGUAAAACAGAAAAAUAAUAAUUAAAAUUAUAUAUAUUUAAAAAGACACACAUAUCAAAACCAGUAAAAACAAUUCUAACAAAAAACAUAAUAAUAAUAAUAAUAAUAAUAAUAAUAAUAAUAAUAAUUUUUUAUUUAUACCCCACCCUCCCUGGCCAGGGCCAGGGGCAGGCUCAGGGCAGCUAACACCCAAUAUAAAUUACAAUAAAACAUAAUAGGAAAAAACCAAGAACAGUUAAUUAAAAUGCAGCUUAAAAUACAGCUUUAAAUGCAGCCUCAUUUUAGCAGUAGCCCAUAAGCCAAGACCAUAAAGGGAGGAAACAUCAGAACUAUUUUUUAUUUUAUUUUAUUUUAUUUUAAUUAUUAAUUACUAUUAGUAGUAGUAACCUAUAGUAGCCCAUAAAUCAAGACCAUAAAGGGAGGAAACAGAAUUAAAAAGCAGUUUAACAGCAUGUCAAUCCAUUCUCAUCCCUUUUUAUUUAUUUUUAAUCCAUUUCCGAAUUUUUUGUCCAUUUCCCACGGCAGGUUAUUCCUUGUUGAACAUCCCAAGCCACCACUCUAUGGCAUUCUGGCUACACCUCCUUUUGCUGAAUUUAUUCCUCCCUCCCCUCCAUUCCCUUGUUCUGCUGAAUAUCCAUCCAUUCCUUCCUUCCUCUAAAUAUCCAUCCAUGCUUUCCUUCCUCUGAAUAUCCUCCCAUCCAUUCAUUCCUCCCUCCCGUCCCCUCCAUUCCCUCGUUCUUCCCACCGCUCCCGCCAUUCUUACUCCCAGUCGGCCUUCUCCGCUCCUCUCCUCUCCGCUUCUCCUCCUCCAAACCCUCCUUUCCGCUUUCACCUUGGCACAUUCCAUCUUCCGCCCGUCCCUCCCGCCGUCGCUCUUUAGUUGGGAAUUUCUCUUUCGUUCCAUCUUCCACUCUGGGCGGUCACAAUCCAAAUGAUUGCGAAUUCGGGUCGCUCUCGACGUUUGCAGGAUUCAGGCUGUUUCCAAGGAGCAGAUUGCACCAAAGCAAUCCGUCCAAAUGAUUAAAUCAGGAUUCUGAUCCACAUUUGCAGGAUUCCAGCUGUUUCCAAGGAGCCAAUUGCAGUAAAUCAACCCGUCCAAAUCAUUCCAGCAAAUUUGCUUUAAUUCCCAGAUAUCUUCCCCAUUGCGCAUCAUCCUUUCUGGCACGGUCGCCACAGGGGCAGGAAAGUUCCAUCUCCCUCUCCAAACCCCCGGCCCGUUUUGGAGACCCUCUAUUAUGCAUGUUUCUGAGUUGGUGGGGCAUAGGGUUUGACCUCAUCCCCGCCCUUUGGCGGCUUUCCAAAGGUCCCAGACAUUGAAAGGUCCACCUGGGGCGAAAGCCAACUUCUCGGCCAUCUUAAAAUUCUGAUUCCCCCCCCCUCUCUCCCCAUCAAAAGGACAUCUGUCACAAGAUAUUGGGAGGGUGGUAUUCCAGAAGGGGAAAUGUCUCGGCCGGAAAAGAUGGCUUUCCGCCUUCUCAAACUCCCCCCCACAUGACUCUCCGUUUAUUCCUCCUGUUCGUAACUGCAGGGAUUUAUAAAAAAAGUCUCCCCCCCAGUGGUGGGCGUUUGCAUAACCUCCAACAUUUCUCCAAUGAAGAUAGGGACAUACUAUUCCAUCCCCUCCAUCAUUUCUCCAGUGAAAAUGGGGACAUCCCAUUCCAUCCCCUCCAACAUUUGUCCCAUGAAAAUAGGGACAUCCUAUUCCAUCCCCUCCAAUAUUUCUCCGAUGAAAAUAGGGAAGUCCUAUUCCAUCCGCUCCAACAUUUCUCCCAUGAAAAUAGUGACGUCCUAUUCCACCCCCUCCAACAUUUCUCCCAUGAAAAUAGGGACAUCCCAGGAACAGCGGAACCUUCCGGGAUCCCGGUGGAAACUGGGCUGGAUUCUUCUAUCCCGGGAGAGAGAGGGGUGCUUGGAGGGUCUGCUUCCUCUGGUGGCUUUCCCUUCUAGGCAUUCCAGUGUGGAGGGUAGAGGGAGGAGGAGGAGGAGGAGGAGGAAGAAACGCAGCUCUGGGUUGGCCGGGUUGGCCGGGCGGCGUCCCGCUUUCCUGGGGUGGUGGUUUUGGUGGUGUCCCCGGGUGCCGGCACCGGGUUCAAAGCCAGCUUUCGAUGUAAUAGACCAUCCCUUUGAUGCGCCUGCUCCCUACAGACACCCCCGCGAGGCCGCCACACCCAGAGUCCGUGAGCUGCAGAUAAAGCCCUGUAGAGAAUUCCCGGCUUCAGGAGUUCCUCCGCAAAGGGUGGGAUCUUGUUGUGAAUGUUGAUGCAUUUUUGUCCUGUAUCCAAAGUCCUGUUUGAUCUUGUGGGAUGGGUGGUGGUGCUGGUGGGGGGAACAACCGGUCAUCCCCUUCCGGGACAUCCCAGAAAAGGGCCGGGCGGGAGAGGAGUAGGGCGGCCAUCUUGGAAAAAGUGGCUCUUUUGCGAGCUGAGUCGCCGAGCUUUUUCCCGGAGGGAGUUUCUUGGCGUACAUGAAGGGAGAGUCGUCGGCAGAUUUCGAAGGGGAUCGACCCGAAAUUGUCAAGGGGUCGAAGCUGCCGGGCGAUUCCAAAGGGGAUGGGCCCGAAAUCGCUGAGCUAGCGGGUGCUGCUUUCCGGGGGAAGAGGCUGCGCUGCGAGGGGGAGGGAGCCCCUGCCCCACGUGGCUGCCCCCCGGGGGAGAUCCUUGAGGGACGAUGCGCUCCAACCGGGAAGGAGCUGAGCCGAAUGGAAACUGGGGGUGGGACACGACGACACAGGUCAGGGUUCUGAAAUUAGUAGGGUGGCCCUAUGUCAGGGUCCCUAAAAUGGGAAGGGUGGCCCUACGUUUGGCUCUGCCCACAUUGCGGCACCCUGACUUUUUUGUGGGAACAGAGCGGAUCCCCGGAGAUUCCCCGCUUGGUCUCACAGCCUUGAAUGCAUCCCGGUUUGGAGGCGCAGCAUCUUCCUUGAGCGGUUUCCUGCCGGGGCGGUGGCGGCCUGCGGGGGCAGCAUGUGUCUCGGCCUCGCUCUGGCCCGCCUCUGCCUGACCACCACCCCUCCCCCGUGUCUUGUCUUUUGUCUCCCCUGCAGCAGUACCACCCCACUGACCUUGCGGGGCAGCUCAACCUCUCGGACCCCUCGGUCAGCACCGUGGUGUGA